UCUCCUUCAACUCAUUUUCUCACACCACACCUCCUUUGACUGUAGGUCGUUCUAUUCACUUUCUCUCUCCUCUUUUUUGUUUUUUUUCUCUCUUUUCACGCAUUCUCUCUUUCUUCUUCAUGCUUUUCUCCCUCUCUUUUGCUGCAAACCAAACGAAGCUCUGAAACGAUUCAUUCACUCGUCUUGGACUAAUAAAAAUACACAACCGACUGUUUUCAGUUUUUCGAGACAGUAAAGAAAGAACAAGAAAAUAAACUCUCUUUCUCUCUCUGCCCUCUCCAAUGGCGUUAUCUAUUCGACCUCAUAACUCUCUUUAAUGGCGAAAAUCAAAUAACCGAAGAUCGCCGAGUAAAACGCAUAUAACAGUUUUUUUUUUUUUUUUUUUUGGUUUUGUGCUAUAUCAGUCGGUUUCAAUGGCGGAGACGACGGAGGCGAAAACAAUGCCGGAGGCGGAGAAGAAGAAAGAGCAGAGUCUCCCUUUCUAUCAGCUGUUCUCCUUCGCCGACAAGUACGAUUUGCUUCUGAUGGUCUCUGGAAGCCUAGGAGCCAUAGUUCACGGCUCUUCCAUGCCUGUUUUCUUCCUUCUCUUCGGCCAAAUGGUGAACGGUUUCGGCCAAAAUCAAUUCGAUUUGAAGAAAAUGACGGAUGAAGUCUCCAAGUAUGCUCUGUAUUUCAUCUAUCUUGGAUUGAUUGUAUGUAUAUCAUCCUAUGCAGAGAUUGCUUGUUGGAUGUAUAGUGGAGAAAGGCAAGUGAGUGCACUGAGGAAGAAGUAUUUGGAGGCAGUGUUGAAACAGGACGUUGGGUUCUUUGAUACAGAUGCUAGAACAGGGGAUAUUGUUUUCAGUGUCUCAACGGACACUCUCCUUGUCCAAGAUGCCAUCAGUGAGAAGGUGGGGAACUUCAUCCAUUAUCUCUCGACGUUUCUGGCCGGAUUGGUGGUUGGUUUUGUGUCAGCAUGGAGGCUAGCUCUACUCAGUGUGGCAGUAAUUCCAGGAAUUGCUUUUGCCGGUGGCUUGUAUGCAUAUACUCUCACUGGUCUCACAUCCAAGAGUCGUCAGUCCUAUGCAAAUGCUGGCGUAAUUGCUGAGCAGGCCAUUGCACAAGUUAGGACAGUUUACUCUUAUGUUGGUGAAAGCAAUGCCCUCAAUGCCUAUUCGGAUGCAAUCCAAAACACAUUGAAGCUUGGGUAUAAGGCUGGGAUGGCGAAAGGCUUGGGACUGGGAUGUACUUAUGGUAUAGCAUGCAUGUCAUGGGCCCUUGUUUUCUGGUAUGCUGGUGUAUUUAUCAGGAAUGGACAGACGGAUGGUGGGAAGGCAUUCACAGCUAUCUUCUCUGCCAUUGUUGGGGGCAUGAGUUUGGGUCAAUCAUUUUCAAAUCUUGGGGCAUUUAGCAAAGGAAAAUUAGCUGGAUUCAAGUUGAUGGAGAUUAUAAAGCAGAAGCCUACCAUAACACAAGACCCCUUGGAUGGGAAGUGCUUGUCUGAGGUUAACGGGAACAUAGAAUUCAAAGAUGUAACUUUCAGCUAUCCAUCGCGGCCUGAUGUUAUUAUUUUUAGGAAUUUCUCAAUUUUCUUCCCUGCUGGAAAGACGGUUGCUGUUGUUGGUGGUAGCGGGUCAGGGAAAAGCACUGUUGUCUCCCUGAUAGAAAGGUUCUAUGAUCCUAAUCAAGGGCAAAUCUUGAUUGACAAUGUGGAUAUAAGGACGAUACAACUAAAAUGGUUACGUGAUCAGAUUGGUCUUGUGAACCAAGAGCCUGCUCUCUUUGCGACCACCAUACUUGAGAACAUACUAUAUGGAAAACCUGAAGCUUCAAUGGCUGAAGUUGAAGCUGCUGCUUCUGCUGCUAAUGCUCAUAGUUUCAUUACCUUGCUUCCUAAUGGGUAUAACACACAGGUGGGAGAGCGAGGAGUCCAACUAUCUGGUGGUCAGAAACAGAGAAUUGCAAUUGCAAGAGCUAUGUUGAAAAACCCAAAAAUUCUCCUCCUUGAUGAAGCAACUAGUGCCCUUGAUGCAGGUUCUGAGAGCAUUGUUCAGGAAGCCCUGGACCGACUCAUGGUUGGAAGGACAACUGUAGUUGUUGCUCAUCGCCUCUCCACCAUUAAAAAUGUUGAUACAAUUGCCGUCAUACAGCAAGGGCAAGUUGUUGAGACUGGAACCCAUGAAGAACUAAUUGCCAAAGCUGGAGCCUUUGCUUCAUUGAUUCGAUUUCAGGAAAUGGUGAGAAACAGAGACUUCUCGAAUCCUUCAACCUGCCGCUCACGCUCAUCACGAUUAAGUCAUUCAUUGUCAACAAAAUCUCUAAGCCUUCGCUCUGGCAGCUUAAGGAAUUUGAGCUAUCAGUACAGCACUGGUGCAGAUGGUCGGAUUGAGAUGAUCUCUAAUGCUGAAACCGAUAGAAAGAAUCGAGCACCAGAUGGGUAUUUCUUCCGGCUUCUCAAGCUAAAUGCUCCGGAAUGGCCUUACUCAAUAAUGGGUGCUGUAGGAUCUGUUCUUUCUGGUUUUAUUGGUCCAAUUUUUGCAAUUGUGAUGGGAAAUAUGAUUGAUGUGUUCUACUACCAAAAUCCUGUAAGCAUGGAGAGGAAGACAAAGGAAUAUGUUUUCAUUUACAUUGGAGUAGGUCUUUACGCAGUCGUUGCAUAUUUGAUACAGCAUUACUUCUUCAGUAUUAUGGGAGAGAACCUCACCACAAGAGUUAGGAGGAUGAUGCUUUCAGCAAUUCUAAGGAAUGAAGUUGGAUGGUUUGACGAGGAGGAGCACAACUCUAGCCUUGUUGCAGCUCGCCUAGCCACAGAUGCUGCCGAUGUAAAAUCUGCCAUUGCUGAGAGGAUCUCUGUUAUACUGCAGAACAUGACAUCACUACUCACUUCAUUCAUAGUUGCUUUCAUAGUGGAAUGGAGGGUCUCUCUUCUCAUCCUAGCCACCUUCCCUCUUAUUGUCCUUGCCAAUUUUGCUCAGCAACUUUCUCUUAAAGGCUUUGCCGGAGAUACAGCCAAGGCUCAUGCAAAGACUAGCAUGAUUGCAGGGGAGGGAGUGAGCAACAUUCGAACUGUUGCAGCCUUCAAUGCUCAAGAGAAGACCCUCUCUCUAUUCUGCCACGAGCUCCGUGUGCCACAGCUCCAAAGCCUUCGUCGCAGUCAGUCUUCUGGCCUCCUCUUUGGCCUUUCUCAGCUCGCCCUAUAUGCCUCCGAAGCACUCAUCCUCUGGUAUGGUGCACACCUUGUUCGCAAAGGCGUAUCGACUUUCUCAAAGGUUAUUAAAGUAUUUGUGGUCUUAGUCAUUACAGCCAAUUCGGUUGCAGAAACUGUUAGCCUUGCCCCUGAGAUAAUUAGGGGUGGUGAAUCUGUCGGUUCGAUAUUUUCAGUUCUUGAUCGGUCUACGAGGAUAGACUCCGAUGACCCAGAGGCUGAGCCAGUUGAAUCAAUUCGUGGCGAAAUUGAACUUUCUCACAUUGAUUUUGCGUACCCAUCACGUCCUGAUGUCAAUGUGUUUAAGGACCUCAACCUUAGAAUACGUGCCGGCCGAAGCCAAGCGCUUGUUGGAGCCAGCGGUUCUGGGAAGAGUUCUGUAAUUGCAUUGAUCCAACGAUUCUAUGACCCUACAGCUGGUAAAGUCAUGAUUGAUGGGAAAGACAUUAGGCGUUUAAACUUGAAGUCGCUUAGGCUAAAAAUUGGGUUGGUGCAACAAGAGCCAGCUCUUUUCGCGACGAGCAUUUUUGAUAACAUUGCCUAUGGAAAAGACGGAGCAACAGAAGCAGAAGUCAUCGAAGCAGCUCGAGCAGCAAAUGUGCACACCUUCAUCAGUGGGUUGCCUGAUGGGUACAAAACCCCGGUUGGCGAGAGAGGGCUUCAGAUGUCCGGGGGACAGAAACAAAGGAUUGCAAUUGCACGAGCUGUUCUCAAGGACCCAUCAAUACUACUGCUGGAUGAGGCAACAAGUGCACUCGACGCAGAGUCCGAGUGUGUGCUACAAGAAGCACUCGAGAGGCUAAUGAGGGGCCGGACCACCGUGGUCGUGGCCCACCGGUUGUCAACAAUCCGGGGGGUUGACAGCAUAGGAGUGGUACAAGAUGGACGGAUAGUAGAGCAGGGCAGCCACUCCGACCUACUCAGCCGGCCUGAUGGGGCUUACUCUAGACUCUUGCAGUUACAACAGCAUCACAUAUGAGUUUUUUUGUUUUAGUUUAUGUAACAUGACAUCUGUUGUGGUUUUAUGUAUGUGUUCAUUAACCUUUGCUUUAGGGUUUCCUUUUUGAAUGAAGAUAGUUGUAGAUAUAGGGAUGUGAAGACUAUGUCUAAGAACUAGUGAUCCAUUCCCAAUGGAGAUGCAUAUUUUAUAUUCUCAAUGUGUGUGGUGCUGUAAAUUUCUAUAGUACUUCAAAAGCAAGCCCUUAAAGAACUGUCUUUCCAGCUCUUAAGGGGACUCUUUAUUUAUUUAUUUAUUA